CUGCCCUGCCCUGACGUCUUGGUCGCAAGUUGACGACGCUGCGGGAUCUUGGAUGAUUCCAGACCUCGUUACCUAUCAAUCUAUCACCAAACCUCUCUUUCUCGACUAUUGCGCCGAUACGAUUUGCGCCAAGUUUCAACGGCGACCAUAUUUCCGCUCUUCUUCUUCGCAAAAAGGACCAAAAUCAAUUCGAAAACCGAAAAUAGCCAGCCGUCGUCGCGAUGGGCGCGCUUCUCUCGCUGCCGCUGCUCGCGGUGCCGAGUCUAGGCACUAUCCUCGGAUUCGUUGGUAGUUGCUGCGGUGCUGCCGCAUGCUCCGCUCUUUGCAGCGCGUGCGGAAAAUGCGGCAACAGUGUCCUUACCCGUAUCGGAUAUGCCCUCAUCCUUCUCAUCAACUCGGUACUCUCGUGGAUAAUGCUCACGAAAUGGGCAAUCGAAAAACUACAACACCUCACUUUCAACUAUGUCAAGAUCAGCUGCGGAAACGGAGAUUGCUAUGGCUGGCUUGCUGUCCACCGCAUCAACUUUGCUCUCGGCUUGUUUCACCUGAUGCUGGCUGGCCUUCUCCUCGGAGUUAACUCGUCCAAGCACCCACGCGCCAAAAUCCAGAACGGCUUCUGGGGACCCAAGAUCAUUGCUUGGCUCAGCUUGAUCGUCCUGACCUUCUUCAUCCCGGACGAGUUCUUUGUGUUCUGGGGCAACUAUAUCUCGCUGAUUUGUGCCAUGCUCUUCCUCAUUCUCGGCCUUAUUCUGCUGGUUGACCUGGCGCACAACUGGGCCGAGUACUGUCUGGCGCAGAUUGAGGAUACCGACUCGCGUACUUGGAGGAUCAUCUUGAUUGGCUCGACGCUUGGCAUGUACCUCGCGUCCCUUGCCAUGACCAUCAUCCAGUACAUCUUCUUCGCUGCGAGUGGCUGUUCCAUGAACCAAGCAGCAAUCACCAUCAAUCUGCUACUCUGGAUCGCCGUUUCGGCCAUAUCUGUGCAUCCGACAGUGCAGGAGUACAACCCCAAGGCGGGGCUUGCGCAAGCCGCCAUGGUGGCCAUUUAUUGCACCUACCUGACCAUGUCUGCGGUCUCGAUGGAGCCUGAUGAGACCGAGGACCGGCGGUGCAACCCUCUGGUGCUUGGCCAGGGCACGCGGACUACCACCAUCAUUCUCGGCGCCAUCGCAACCAUGCUCACGGUGGCCUAUACCACCACACGGGCAGCAACCCAGAGCCUUGGUCUUGGUGGAAGCGGAAGGGGACAGAUCCAGUUGCCCGAUGACGACGACAGUCAUGACCUCGUGACAACACAACCAGGCCGGCGGGAGAUGCGGGCCGAGGCGCUCCGUAGGGCCGUUGAGGAAGGAAGCCUUCCCGCAGAUGCUCUCUUAUCAGAUGACGAUGAGAGCGAUGCGGGUGAUCGUACGGCUAACGAUGACGAGAGAUCGAGCACUCAGUACAGCUACGCCAUGUUCCACAUCAUCUUCUUCCUGGCCACUGCCUGGGUUGCUACGUUGUUGACCAUGGACUGGGAUGACAAGAAGCAGGGCGACUUUGCCACGGUUGGUCGCACGCUGUGGGCGAGCUGGGUCAAGAUUGUGAGCUCGUGGAUCUGCUACGGCAUGUAUACCUGGACCCUGGUUGCACCAAUUGUGCUGCCAGACCGCUUCGAUAGCUACUAAACGGUUUUGCUUUGGCGCUUCGGGUACCCGCUUGAGGUUGAGGGAGUACACUACCUGUUUUUCCUCACUUAUCACAUUUUUGUAUUGGAGUUCUAGGAGCUAAGGCUAAUCGGGUAUAUGGGGUCAGAACGACAUGGGGCUUUGAUAGUUUUAGUGAAGCAUUGCUUUCGAGUCUCUGGUUGAGCAUUGCUGAAUAAUAUUUGGAUACCUUUCA